ACGAUGUACGUACGGUGCAAUGUCCGAAGUGAAUCAAACUAUUUUUAGAACAUAAUAAUGUGAAGAAUUUUACUUAUCUUAAUAAUAUUAUCUAAAUAUAGGAUCGAAACGAAAUAAAAAAAAUAUUACAAUGAAAGUUUGCAUAUGAUGAUGCGAAUGAAUUAUAAAACGAUUUUAUUUACAUUGAUUAUUGCUGUAAUAAGUUCUCUAUUAACAUCAUGGAACAAUUGUGGAUAUCCCUUUUUCCUAAGACCACCAGAUUGGAAAUAUCAAUUUCAACAUAAGGAAAAAGUGAAUAAUGAACCUGGAUAUCAAGAAAUAGAUUGCUCUAUAAAUGGUGAUUAUUCAAUCGGAUGUCGCAAAGAAGGAGAUGAAGUAUACAUACCAUUUUCAUUCAUUCAUAAAUAUUUUGAAAUUUAUGGUAAAUUGGCAACAUACGAUGGAUUAGAAAGAUUUGAGUGGUUACAUAGUUACUCAAAAAUCGUAACUCCCAAGGGUAAAUAUGAUCCUCGAGGAGUAUUCAUGACAUUUGAAAAUUAUAAUGUUGAAGUUAGAGAGAGAGUAAAGUGUGUUAGCGGGAGCGAUGGUGUACCAAUAUCCACGCAAUGGGAAAGUCAGGGAUAUUAUUACCCAACUCAAAUUGCCCAAUUUGGACUGUCUCAUUAUAGCAAAAAUUUAACAGAACCUGAACCUUAUAGGAAAUUAAUAGAGGAUUCUGAUAAGAUAAAACAAGAAUGGUCUGUUCCUCAGGGAUCUGUUAUUUCUCGAAUAUAUGACAAACAAGUUAAUAGCUAUGUUAUGAAAUUUGCAACACCUGAAACUAGUACUUCUGGAAUAAGUUUAAAACUGGAUCAUGUAUUAGAUUUUGUAUUAAAAUGGGAUCUAAACAUUAAGGAUAAUGGUAGCAUAACAGUUGCAUUACAAUCUAGAGAAAAGAAAGAUAUGUAUUAUUUGCAUUACACUGCAAAUAAUGUAAUGUUAUAUACCUAUAAGAAUCAUAUAUAUUAUGGAAUUGGGCAAAUUAAUCAUCAAUGGAGACGUUUUACUAGAGAUUUAGUUAUUGAUUUACAAAAGGGAUUAUAUAUGAAUGAUAAAAGUAAAAAGAAACUUUCACGAUCUAAAUUAAAGAUUGUGAAAAUAAUGCUUUAUGGUUCUGGAAUGAUUGACAAUAUUACAUUGUCAACGAGCGAGCAUAUGGAACAAUUUUAUGAUGCUGCCAAAUGGUUCGUUGCUAAUCAAAAUAUUACAUCUGGUGGAUGGCCAAAUCCAGUUAGAAGAAAAGUUUCUAACGGUAUGGCUACGCUGGAACCUGGAUGGUAUUCCAGCAUGGGUCAGGGACAUGCCAUUUCGGUAUUGGCACGGGCAUAUUAUCAUUCUCGAGAAGAAAAAUAUUUACAAGCUGCAGUCAGAGGUUUAAGGCCAUUUAAGUUAUCAUCUAGUAAAGGAGGUGUAGCAGCUCUGUUUUUAGGUAAAUAUAUUUGGUACGAAGAAUAUCCAACAACACCACCUUCAUUUAUCCUUAAUGGAUUCAUAUACUCUCUCAUUGGACUCUAUGAUUUAAAAAGUAUAGCAACAGGUAAAGAUGCGUAUGAGGCAUCAAGAUUAUUUAAUCAAGGAAUGAUCUCACUUAAAAAUAUGUUGACUUUGUAUGAUACCGGGUCGGGUACAACAUAUGACUUACGUCAUUUUACUUUAAAAAUAGCUCCAAAUUUAGCCAGAUGGGAUUAUCAUUCUACGCAUGUGAACCAACUUCUUCUUCUUAAUACCAUUGACAAUGAUCCACUUUUUACUGCAACUGCAGAAAGAUGGAUCGGGUAUAUGAAUGGUAAAAAAGCUGCACAUAAUUAAUUAUAUUUACAUAUAUUUGUACUUAAAAUGACUACAACGCGUCCUAAUAUUUUUAUUAAUUCUCGAUAUAAUUUCUUCAUUUCUUUGAAUUUCACAUUCUUAGCGAUUUUAUUUAAAUAACGGCGGCUAUAGAACGAAAAGUUAUCAGGUACAUGCGUUCAAUUGUUUUUCUAUUCACAUAUAAACGUUUUUAUAAAAAUUAUAAGUCACACAUACACUUGAUAAUAUACAUCAUUCAGUCAUGGAUCACCUUUUUUUUUAAAUAUUUAUAUAUAAUUCAUUUAUAAAAAAUAUAUAGAAUAUUAGAGGAGAGUAAAACAAUAAUUAAUUUUCAAUAGGAGUAAUGAUAAGUGCUAUCAAAUAAACUGGUUGUAUAAAUUAAUUUUUGUACAAGUAUAAUACAUGUACUUAAGUAGUGAACUUUAAAUUAAAAUGCAAUCAGUUAAUUUCUGCAUGAAAAAAUACUUGUAAUCUUUAAUAUUUAAUAUCAUUAAUAGCAAAUAUCUAUAAGAGCCUUCAGGAGUUAUCAUAUAAUAUAUAAAUUUAUACUGAUAUAUGUAUAUAUAUGCAUAUAUAUAUAUAUAUAUACAUAUACAUAUACAUAUAUAUAUAUAUAUAUAUAUAUAUCAGUAUUAUAUAUUUUAACACACAUAAAUAGGUCACCAACAAGCAGACAUUGAAGUCUUUAAUAAGAUAAGACACUUUUUUAAUGAUAUUUCUGUUUUUAUCACUUUUAAUUUAUCAAAAUGAUAUAAUUGGACUAUACGCAAAGGAAAAAUAUUAUGGAUAUCUUAAUAAUUCAUUUAUAUAUUUAACAAUAUAACUUUUCUGCAUAUCCUUGCCUUCAUUAUUUAAAUGUGUCUCAUAAAAAGUAAAUGUAAUCAUUGUUUAACGUAAUUUAAUACUUAUUAUACCUAGAAAAUUAAAUUUUUCUUCCUAUUAAAAUUAUUAUUUAACAUUCCACAUGUUGAUAAUGUGUAAUUCAUUUUCAAUUAAUUUGCAUAUUUAUGGCUUAUAUUUAAUUAUAAAAAUGUUUUGCUAUCAUGUUUAAUAUUUUAUUGCAAACAUAAAAAUAUGUAGGUAGACAGAUGAAAAAUAUCAAUGCAAUGUUUAGAAAAACAGGGUAGAAAAUAACAUUGGUGAUAGUAGCAUUUAGUGAUUGUAUAUUUUUUUACACUCAAAGCGAUUGUAGUAACUCAGGAAAUAAUUUGCGAAAAUUCUUAAUUACUAUUUUCAUGUAAGUAUAAAGCUAAAUAUACUGAGAUCCCUUCAUUGAAAUAUAAAAAUAUUUGAAUGUUCUUUGAAAUAGAACCUUAAUAUCAUAUAAAUAAGUUAGAUGAUAGAUAUCGCACAAGAGUUAUUCAUAAUUACCAAAUUAAGUAUUGUUAAAUUUCAUACAAAUUGGUUAUAUUUAUUAAGAUUAAAUAAAACACAUCAAUAUACAUUUUCUUAUUAUAAUAAUGUAAAUAUAAACUUUCUGUAAUAUAAUCUAAGACUGUUAUCAUCAAUCAUAUUAUUAAUUGAAUGCAAUAUAUAUUAUACAUCUUUUUUAUUAUGUAUUUUAUAUAGGCUGUGUAACAUGGACAUGUUUGUAAGGCAUGCUUUAAAAAUAUCUUAUAUAAUCAUUUUAGUCAAAUAAGUCCCAUGUUAAAUUAUGAAAAAUAAUAAAAUUUUAAAACUACACAUACACAGGA